GAAAAGGCAUUGAUUGAUGAAUACAAAUUGUGUCGGAAAAUGUCGCUGUGCUAACUGCUUUAUCACUGUUGAAAGUUCAAAAUCGAUUCUUCUUUUUUUGUUUUAAUUACUACUUCGGGUUUGUUCUUAAACUGUAAAUAAUGUUGAUUACAUUGAAAAACCUUCAGCAGCAAACUUUUCAAGUUGACAUAGAUCCUUCACAAACUAUUAAACAGUUGAAGGAACGAAUACAAGCAGAGAAGGGUAAAGAUUAUCCAGCUGAAAAUCAGAGACUAAUUUAUGCAGGAAAAAUUCUCACUGAUGAAUCCCCUAUUAGUGAAUAUAAUAUCGAUGAGAAGAAAUUUAUUGUAGUAAUGGUCUCGAAGCCAAAGGCUGCCCCAGCUCCAAGCACAGGUCCUGCCGACCCCACCGCACCCCCCGCCCAGCCUGAGCCAGAAUCUAGGCCUGCCGAGGAGAGGCCCACCCAAGCGGCGAGUGAGCCAGAGAGCCCAGCCCAGGCCAACAUCUCUGCGGCAGAGUCUGCACUGCUCAUGGGCGAGGAGUAUAACACAAUGGUUCAGAACAUUGUGGAUAUGGGGUACGACAGGGAUCAGGUAGAGGCUGCUCUUAGAGCCAGUUUCAACAACCCGGACCGUGCUGUGGAGUAUCUUCUAACCGGUAUACCGGUGGAAACCGACGCUGCACCAGCCGUAGCACCUGGUGACCCUGACACUCCGCCCAUAGCAGCGGAAGGUGAGGAACCGUUGGCAUUUCUGCGCUCACAGCCACAAUUCCAACAAAUGCGCUCAGUGGUGCAGCAGAAUCCUGACCUCUUAAACGCAGUUCUACAACAGAUUGGCCAGACAAACCCCGCCCUAUUACAGCUCAUUUCACAGAACCAAGAGGCCUUCGUAAGGAUGCUCAAUGAGCCACAGGGUGGGGCCGCCACCGCAGGGACCCCCGUCUUGCCCCCCACCGCCGUCCCCGUCACGCCCCAGGACAAGGAGGCUAUUGAGAGGUUGAAAGCACUGGGUUUUCCUGAGCAUCUUGUGAUUCAGGCAUACUUUGCCUGUGAAAAGAAUGAAAACCUCGCUGCAAACUUCCUUCUCUCCCAAAACAUGGAUGACUGAACUGAUAACCGAGCUGAUAACUUGUAUAAAGAAGACAACUUCCCUCACGCCUUAACCUGCACAGUUUCUCCUCUUGUAAAUGAUUCAUUUUAAUAUUAACUGUGGGCCCGUUUAAAAAAAGUAUAAUGUUUAAAAAUUAUGUUUGAGGUUUAGCUAGUCUUGGUAAAACAUUUUGAUCUAAUGUUCAUAUCUGCAGUCCGGUCACGUCCCAUUUCAUAAAGAUGCUAUUUUGUUAUAAAGUUGUGCAGAAUGGAUAAUAAAUUAUUGUUGCAAACGUUUUUGUUUUAUCAUAAUAGAAGUUUUAUUAGUUUUUUUUUUUAAUAUUCUCUCUUGUAUAGCCUGUUUAUAAAGUAUCUUAAAAAUACUUUAAAGUUCAUUUACACUAACAUGCAUUGUUUUUGAAGUUUGAAUCCAUUUUUAACAAGUAUAUUCUAGGACAAAAGUAAGUGAUCACAGGUUUUUGAAGAAAAUAUGUCUUUUAAAAGAAGGACACGUACCGUUGAUCUAUAGGCUUUUGUAAUAUUGUUUUGGUUUCAUAUUAAAUUAAUUGUAAGUAAAA